AUGGAUUGUACGAACGUAUAUGCGGGUGGGUUGAGCGACAGUCCCCUCUUUGGCACUGAUGGCGACUUACAGCCUGUUAAGAAGCACUUCUCCUGCUUCACCGAAAAUGCAAAAAUGAAUUUCCCCCUGAAGCUAGACACUCCCAAGGGGAAGCACAAAAGAAGACACGAAAACGUGUUUGACCGACUCACGGAUGCGAACUUUUACACAGGAAUGCACAAGCACAAAUUUGACACGUUAAGGAGCAGGGGUGCCGCGAAAGGGACUUCGCAGCAUUUUAACCUCAACCACCUACUAACGCGGGGAGCUGACCCAACCGAACAACACCCACGGACCAUCUGUGAGCAGGGGACGACGAAGAAGACGACAACGUCAUGGACGAUGGAGCGGAAAAAGUGCAGACGGUGCGUAGUUACUCCAGGGACGCUGGGGAUGCAAAAGUAUGGAAUACAAAUUGCACGACCCAAAAACAUCUGGCUGUUCCGCAACGGAGAUGAACAUCACAAUGGGCUCCUCUUCCUACUCAAGCCACACAUACACAAUUGGAAAUCGCUGCUGACCGAAAUUAACAAAGUACUUGGCCCCACCAUUGGGCCUGUUAGAAUAAUCUACAACGCAAACUUCCGCCAGGUGCAAACCGUCGAGGGCUUGAACGAUGGAGAAAAAUACCUCUGUACAUCUGGGGAGCCUCCAGCGCGCCUGGACAGGCUCACUCGCUUCCUCAGUCCCUGGGUGAUGCACGACAAUGACCCCCAUGCGGGGUAG